CCACCGAGCAGCUGCGGCGCAGGCGGCCGAGGGGCGCUCAUCUUUCAGGCGAGAUUCACCGGGAAAUGAUGGUAUCUGACCUCAAGUGACGGCAGGCAGACGUUCCUGGGCGUCCACCGCUUUACGGCUGAGGGGGAAAGGAUGAAGGAACUGGCAGGAGUAUGCAAACAGUAUGCAGUGACUGAGGCCUGAAGGCCCAGUUUGUCCGGUGGCAGCAGCAGGCAUCUAGCUUAGAUGAAGGAUGAAGAGCCCGGUGCACAGAUGCAGGGAUGUAGAGCAUGGGCGUGGGCAAACCGGGGACGGGGCAGGAGUCAACUGCCUACAGGCUGAGCAGCGCAUCCCUAUUUCCAAAGACGUUAUCACGUCCUCCUCUGCCUCCGCCCUGUGGUUCAUCAGGGACGCCUGUGGCAUCGUGUGUGCCGUCAUCACCUGGCUGCUGGUGUUUUAUGCUGAGUUUGUGGUGCUGUUUGUAAUGCUGCUGCCCUCCAAGAAUCUGACAUACAGCAUUGUGAACGGGACCCUGUUCAACACCCUGGCCUUCCUUGCGCUCGCCUCACACCUCAGGGCCAUGUGCACUGACCCUGGGGCGGUGCCAAAAGGGAAUGCUACUAAGGAAUACAUAGAAAGCCUUCAGCUGAAGCCAGGGCAGGUGGUCUACAAAUGUCCCAAGUGCUGCAGCAUCAAGCCUGACCGAGCACACCACUGCAGUGUUUGCAAACGCUGCAUACGGAAGAUGGAUCACCACUGUCCCUGGGUCAAUAACUGUGUUGGGGAGAAUAACCAAAAGUACUUUGUGCUUUUCACAAUGUACAUUGCACUCAUCUCUCUCCACGCUCUGGUCAUGGUGGUCUUCCAUUUCCUCUACUGCUUUGAAGAUGAUUGGACAAAGUGCAGUUCCUUCUCUCCCCCAGCAACAGUCAUCCUCCUCAUACUCCUGUGCUUUGAGGGUCUCCUCUUCCUCAUCUUCACCUCUGUGAUGUUCGGCACCCAAGUCCACUCCAUCUGUACCGACGAGACCGGUAUAGAGCAGUUGAAAAAGGAAGAGAGAAGAUGGGCUAAAAAAACUAAGUGGAUGAACAUGAGGGCGGUAUUCGGACACCCUUUCUCCUUAUUGUGGUUUAGUCCCUUCUCCACCCCUGACCAUGGGAAGGCUGAGACAUACCAGUAUGUGGUGUGAGAGCUCAGCGCAGGGAACGAGGCAGCCGGGUCAGAACCAAAGUGGGAGGCCCAGCCCAGCCCCACUGAGCCGAGCUAUGGCAUUCUGUUGCUCCUAAUGCUGAACAUGAUUUACACUGUAUCUCCCAAACUAGCCAUGGACAGCUUUUCAUCUGCUUUUUGUGUUGCCAUACUAAGUGCGCUAUACAUCCAUUUUUUUCUUGCCUCGAGUGAGUCAAGUUGCAGAGAAAAGUUUGUGAAUCCUGUUUGCAAACACUGUGAUGAAUCUAUUUUUUCCGAUCUACUUCUCUUUUUGUUGUUGUAUCAGAAGCCUUCUUUUAUCUUGCUGUGUCUUUUCUUGCUUUCCCUUGAAGGGUCAUUUCAGCUAAAUUACAAAAAAAAAAUCAUAUUUUAUCACCUUUUUCUGGUGUUGUCUGGCAAUACAGAUAGUUUUGGUUUUAGGUGUUGAAGUGUUGAGAUAUACGCCCCUGAAAUUUCUAUUGCCAUCCCAAGACAAUGGACGAGAAUAGAAUUCCCCUUGGGGCUGCAGUUUAUGACUGUUUUAGUUGUAGAUUAAUCUUGAUUAAUCUUGCUUAAACUCAAAGAUAUUCAGUUUACUUCCACAGCAGACUAAGAAACCCAGAUAAUAUUACCCAGUAACCAGGACAUUGUUUCUGGAAAUAAAGGUUGCUGUUAAGUUUUUCUAAUGUAAUAUUUCAAAGCUCAGAAGCAACACAUACAAGAUUCAAUUACAGGUAAGUGGUAAAAUAUGUCUUUUUGUAAUUUGGGUGAACUGACCUUUUAAAUCUUCUUGUCAGACAGUAGUUAUUAGUGUGUUUCACACAUGGACAAAAUAAACCUUCUAAAUUGGUCCCCACUAGAAUGAAAAUAAGGAUGGGUUAAGGUUACAUUCAGGCUAAUAGUCUGCACAAUCAGAGGAGAUCCUCUGAUCGAAAGGCGGAUCCUUUUAAAUGGUGCCAAAUACAGCACAUAAAGGAACAUUUUGCUAUCAUUGUGGAUUUUUGGUUGAUUAUGCUUGUGAGUAUAUUUUAAAUAAAAUCAGUGGGCAAAAAAGUUAUUUAUCUGCUAAAAGUCAAGUCCUGGCUUGUUUCACCCAUUCUUACAAUAAGGGAUGCACCGAAUCUGUUUCUUCUCUCCUGAUAGCAAUUCUGAUUCUCAACUCAAGGUAUCUGCCAAUACCGAUUCCCAAUUUAAUAACAGUGCUCUGGUUUUCCCAAAUUUAAAUUUCGUAGAGUUGGCAGCCUGCUUAGACUGAAUGAGUGUAUGAUAGUGAAAACAGAUUUUUUUUAAUAAUGACACUGGUGAAAGAAACUUCAUUUAAUGUGGAUUGGUCAUUUUUGGUUGACUCCUGAUCUUCUUACAUAGGUAACCAUCAUCCCUGAUUCUGAUGUCGCACAACAGAUUCAGGGAUGCAUCCCUACUUACAGUAUUUACAAUAAAUACUGAGAUCUGACCCUUCCUAUGAAAAACCCAGCGUCCAGAAAGAAGAAGGCUGCCAAUCACUUUAAUACGACAUAAAAACUUCAGUGUUCCUUUAAAAUGUUUUGAGUCUCACAUUACAGGCUCUGAAGUAUCCCCCUGAAAAAACUACAUACAAGGCCACACGACAGUUUAAUUCUGUUUUAAUGACAAAUAUGUAGCCCAACUGUGGAGCAUUCCAUGCACAUGAUCAAAGCUGUUGAUGGAGGGCAGAGAUUUUUUUUUUUUUUUUUGUGAAAUAAACCAGGAAGUUUCUGUUUGUUCCACCAUACAGAAUCAAAUCCAGUUUACCAGCUUGCUUUGCUCUUGGCAAGUUUUGCCGAAUCCUUCUAGCAACGCUCAUUGAGGAAAUGAAAAGCUAACUUCAGCUUGUUUUUCAACAGCAAAACAUGGUAGUUAGAAUGUUGUCAGCAGGCUGUCAGCAACCUUAUUGUAACAUACAGUGGAUUCACAGUAGUAUUCAGACCCCUUCCGUUUUUUACAUUUAAAAUCAUUUACAUUCAUUUUUUCCCUCCUCAAUCUACACCCAGUACCCCAUAAUGACAAGGCGAAAAGUGAAUUUUACAAAUUUUUACAAAUUAAUAAGGAAAAACUGAAAUAUCACAUUUACAUAAGUAUUCAAACACUUUACUCAAUACUUAGUUGAAGCACCUUUGGCAGCAAUUGCAGCCUUGAGACUUCUUGGGUAUGACGUGACAAGCUUUACACAC